AUGCGCAUCCUCCUCCUCGGCGGGACAGGAAACCUCGGCCGACGCCUCAUCCCCGCCCUCCUAUCCCACAACCACACACUAACCCUCCUCCUGCGCAACCCCAGUAAACUCACCUCCCUCAUCACUCCCAACCUCCACGCCCUAAUCUCCGCCAUCGAAACCGGAGACGCCACCGACGCCGCCGCUAUCAAGCGAACGCUCGUGGCACACGACAUCGAAGCCAUCAUCAACGUAGCCGGCGACCAGGUGCGCUCGGGCGAAGAAUGGGUCCUACCCAAGAUCGCGAAGGCUGUUACGGAGGCCGCGAUCCAGGUUAGCGAGGAGAGAGGAAAGGGCAGGGAGUUGAGGGUCUGGAUUACGUGUGGGUUGGGAAUUGCUGCUUAUCCUGGGACGGGGAGAUUGAUUCAGGAUUUUCUCCCCAAAUUCGCAACACAACAACACAACGCGACCCUUGAAAUCGUAGAACGCAUCCCCGUCUCCUCACUCCGCUGGUCCUUACUAGCCAUCGCAAUGAUGUACCCGCUUAACGCCGACCAAGGCCCCUAUUCCCCCAUCACAGAGCCGAAACCUCACGGUUUGCAAGUCGGCGCAGGUUCGCCGCCGCGGUGGAAAGACCAUUGGUUAGGAAAACUGUGGUGGGUUGGCCUGUAUUUGAAUGUGUGGCGAGCGGUGUUGGGGGAUUAUUGUACGCAUUAUGAGAAUGUUGCGGAUUUCCUGGCGGAGGAUGUGCAGAGGGAUGGGGAGGAGUGGGUUGGGAAGAGGGUUGUGUUGUGGGAGGAUUGGGGUGUUUGA